AUGCAGACCCCACAGCAAACGCGCGAAAGCGACUUCGGAGGCAGAAUGUCCAUGACACCCACUCAUGACCACUCAACGCUUCUGCGUGAACAGGAAGCAGAGCAUGAGCGUUUGCGUAUGGACAACUUUAAUCAAGCGCUACGUAUUAACUUUUUGGAAGAACGAUUGCUGCGUAUGAAACAAGGCACAGACUUUUGUAGCGAGGAAUUAGAGAGCGAGCUAGCACAGCUGCGGAUUACAUUAGAAGAACGUGAUCAUGAGCUUCGACAGCGUAACUUUAGUAUGAUUCGCGCUACGGAAGCUAUUGAUAUGCUUAACGCACAGCUUCAUGAGGCCCAAGCAGCAGCUGCUCGAGCUAGAGAAGAAGCCCAGCAAGAAGCUGAAGCCCAGUUGCACUUUCAACUGGAAGCGAGACGUGGCGCUGACGCCGAGAUAGUUGAGAAGAUACGAGCACAACUCGAUCGAGCGCUUUACAAUGAAAAUCAGAGCCAAUUGAAGAUUCAGGAUCUUGAGCUUGAGCUACAGAGACAGAAUGAAGUCGUGGCAACACUUACGACUCAGUUACAAGAAUUACAGGAUGCAAAUUCGCGAAGAGAUCGAGAAAUCGAGCUGCGAAGUCAGCGAGAAGAGCAAAAUAUGCAUCAGGUUGAGUUAGCGAAUGCCAAGAUCGCUGCCGAAGCAGAGCAUUGGAAAAUUGUGAGUAAACAGCUUGAAGAGCAGACUACGGUGCUUCAAGUGCAAGUUGAGACAUUGAGACAGGAGAAACAAACGCUGGAUGUUCGGUAUCAGUCCAAAAUGAAGAGAAUGGAGCAACAGGUGCAACAUCAAAUGGAGCAGUUACAGCGAGAGAGUGAAAACUAUCGUGCGGAACAUACGAGACUUUUGACAGAUCGUGAAAAGGCUCACUUUGAAAAGGAACGACUUGUUAUGGAGAUAGAAAGCAUCAAACAGGAGCGAGUGAGAUUGCAGGCAGAGAUAGAUCGCAUGACGAAAGAAAAGCAUCAGCUCGCUGGAGAUUCCGAGCGAUUGCGUUUACAGAAUGUUAAGCUAACUGCAUCAUGUGAGGAGCAAACGAAAUCACUUGAGAGUUAUAAAGCUGAUAAAGAAUUAGCUUUGGACUCAAUACAUCUGCUAGAGUCUGAGCUACAUCAGUUUCGUAAACGAGAGACGGAAUACGACUUAACCAUUCAAACACUAGAAAGUCGAUUAGAAUAUGCGGAGACUGAGGCUCGUCGAAUGCAACAACAUUGUGAGUUGGCUGAAUCUCGUUGCCAGCAAACUCUAGAUGCUCGGCUUGGGGUGUUGGAAAAAGAUCGCCAAGCUAUAGAAGAGGACAAUCGACGGUUGCGGUCGGAGUUGUCGUACUUUCAAUCAGAUCUUGACACCAUGGAGCGAAAGGUUCAUGAUAGUGAGGAGAGGUUCUCCAAUGAAGCAGCAAAUGCUCAAGAACAGCGCGAACAUGUUUUAGCAUACGAGCAGGAACUCAAAAUACAAUCUGCUCAAGUGCAAGCGUAUCAGAAUCAACUUGCUGGCUGCAACGAAGAGUUGACACGACGGGCAGCUCGUGUACAGGAGUUAGAAAAGCAGCUGGCAGAUGCAGCUUCCGCUAAAUCAUCGACAAGCUUAAUAGCUCAAGAGCAAUGGCAACAGCAGUUUGCUUCUGAAAAGAUUUCUCUGUUACAACAAUUGGAUGACGAACGGCGACGCGCAGAGGAAGCUAUACGAGCGGCUUCUGCAUCAAAAGAUGAUAAAGAGUCGGCCCAGCGAGAGCUUGAUUCCGUCAAGGUGGAGUUGUGCUCUCUCUUUACUAGUCGUCAGGUUAUAAAGGAAGGUCGUCACCAGUCUAUGGUCAGUUUGGUGCAUGCGAUCAUCUCAUCGUUUAAAGAAGAGUUUAAGACCAAGACUUUAGCGCUGCAUACACGCUGGACACAACACGUGUCGCUGAUUAAUUCCAAGCUUGAGCGAUUAUCAUCUCAGCUAUGUAUCAGUCAAAGCAAGUUAGAAGUUUUUCAACGCUCAUCAGUCCAUGCGAAGGAUGCGAACCAAAAUUUGGAGAAAUCUUGGUCUCUUCGGUAUGAAGAACUGCGUGCAGAGAGAGAAGAUGAGCGGAAAUUGCUUGAAAAGGAAAUUCUUUACCUACAAACGAAAGCUACAGAAGCACAUAAGGCACUUUCCCAGGCAUCAAGCGAAUUAAAGGCAUUGAAGCAGAAGCAAAAGAGUUUUUGCAAAGUAUCAGAUCGUGACUACCACGAUCUGGAAGAGAGCAAUCGUUUGUUAAUUGAAGAAGUUCAUGAACGCCGGCGCUCGACUGAGCAUGCACGCAAACAGUAUAUGAAUGCAGUUCGCGAGAACAAGGAGCUGUUGAAGGCGAUCAAACUGUACAAAAAUGCUAUCAGUGGACGAGACAAGGACAUUGAGAAGUACAAAGCUACUGUGAUCAAGUACGCUCAACAGCUAAAACGACGUGUGGAGUUCGGUGACGCUAAGCAGACGUUGCUCGAGCAGCUGGAGCAGACACAAUACAUGAUCACAGAGACGUACAAACGCUGGGAGACUAGUCCUAUCGUUCGUGGCCCUGAGAUAAAUUCGACUGAUUCAUUUAAGGACGCAAGCAGCCGGAUGCAUCUGGUGUACACCUGA